CAUGUUUCAACAUCCAUAUAUUCCAUCUGAACACUUUUGUCAGAAUUAUUGAAGUCAUACUCAAGUUAUAGACACGCCUUCAUACUCAUUGCGCAAAGACAGAUAAGCAGCAGAAAUCCCGAGCUUCAUCAUCUCACCACGACCGAUACAACGCGUCAAUAACUCUACGAAGCGCCCGCCACCCACGACUCUACAGGAUGUCUGGAAUCCCAGUAUACACGCAGAGCCCGAUUACGGCAGCAAAGGCAAAUGCACCUACACCCCAGACUGCCGGCCCAGAAACCUCUACCAAAGCCUCAGCACCAUCUAAUAACCCCGCCACAACCACAGCCGUCCCCACUACAACAUCUCCAUACGCCCCCCAAACCGGGCAGCCUGCUGUUCCGGCUCCCACAGGCUCGUUAGGUCCCCCAACUGGACCAGCAAAUAAUUACGCGCCCUCGCCCAUCACUCCAUCUAAGACAGCCGACCAAGGCCCACCCCCGCCGCAGCCAGGAGCUGUACCAACGCCGCCGGGACGAGUGAAGAGCCCGCUUCCGCCACCACCAAAGGUGGGAGAGAAGUACACACCGCCCGAGCCGGCAUCCCAAACUACGAGCCCGCCCUACCCUCCUCAGAUGGGAUUUGCGCCGCCGGCGAAUCAGUACCAGCCUACGGCGACGGCGUCGCGGCCGACGGGGAACUACCCCACCAUGUUGCCGGUGCAGGGCCAGGGGGUUGGCGGCGGUCAAGCGGAGAGGAGGAGCUUUGAGCAUCCGCCUGGAUACCAACAGAAUCCAUACGGAGGAGGUAUGUCAGGAGACCAGUAUGGUGGUGCGCCCCAACCAAGCCAUGGCGCACAGAGUGGACAGAGUGGGCAAUGGCAUCGUGCAGGGGAUAUGGAUGAUAAUGCCGGGGAAGAGAGUAUCUGGGAAACGGCGAAGAAAUGGGCUACUACCGCGGGGGGGAAGCUGGCAGAGACGGAAGCAGAGAUUUGGAAGAGAGUUAAUGGAGAGAAGUGAGGGGUAGUAUGACUGGCUCGGAGUCGCCGGUAAGGGCGGGGAUGAAUGGGAUGAGAUGGGAUGGGAUUCUGGUGUCAUUGUGGAGGGGGGAAAGUCUGUUUUAGCACGUGGGGUUUAUCCAGAAGUCCAGGAAAGGCAUGUGCGAUGGGAGGGAGCCUUAGGAUGCGAGGAAGCAUGUUUCCUCGGACCGCAGGCGCUCAUUCAUGCGCACAUCGACGCCAAAAGCGGUCUUGACGGACACGAAUCAGGCAUGGGCCAAAGAACCGCAGAGAACCGCCGGGAGGCAACAGAAUCGUUACUAGGCAACGCGAUGGGAACGAAUGCGUAGGCGUCGUACUCACCCACGCUACUAGCUUGUGCAAAGUUAUCUGUACUAUACCUUACGUACCUGCGUUUACUUGCCCUGUCCUUGAACAACAUCGAUGAUAUAAAUGGAUCGUCAUAUUAAACAUGCUCUCGCGAUUCAUGCGUCCCUAUACCCGCGGGGGUCUGCGAUUUGUACUUUCAUGCGUUUUUCAGCCGCCAGGCCGUUUUGGGGAUGGGAAACAUUGGGAGCCAAUGAGCGAUUGCGCUGUGGGCUGACGGUAUUGUUGGUUCUGGGAGAGGGCCUGGAUCCUUGGGGAAGGCCGGAUGGAAGAAGUGUGUUGCGAUUGGGUUCCUGUUCCUGAGGGUGCCUGGGGUGUGCCUGGAUUGCGUACCUGAGGAGUCAGACGGUAUUGUGCUCGAGUAUGUGUAUGUGGCACGCCAGCCCACAGGAACAAUGUGUGUCCAGGACAUGCCAAGCGGCAGGAACAAUGUGCGUCCAUCUGCUCACCUGACAUGUUCUGUGUUGUUGCAAUGAAGUCCAUCAGCCUUGUAAUCAGGUGAACGAUGAUCGGCUCGGGAAGAGUCUAUCCAGCAACUGGCAUCAUGUCAGCCUGGAGUUUUAUAAUAGCACCAUAACUGGCAUAGGCCUGUCAUCCGGGGGCUCCGGCGUCUUGGCUCCCAGGGAGAUCUUACAUACCCACCUCCAUACGUAGGGCGCAGCGAGAGCAAGGACCACACAGGGCGCGGACGCCUAGAAGCAUUUUGGUGGGUGAUAUGGAACGAAGUUAUGGUUUCUAAUACCGAGGCUCUGCCGAAAGGUUUGAUCUAAGAAAAUGGCACACUGGUGAUGGUGCGGCGGUGCGCUGGCGGGCGUCGCCAAUGGUGGUCUGUUGACAGGGUCGUUGGCGGGGGA